AUGGCUGACAAGAUUAGGCGACAAAUGCAAGAAAUUGCUCUGGGCAUUGAAGAUGAAAAGAUUAAUCUCCCGAUUGAUCUCUGUGAAGAAGCGAUACAAGCAACACGAUUUAGUUUAAUCGUUAAACCAGUCAACCCACGGAAGCAAAACCUGCGGGCUAUGUUGGGAACUCUGCCUCGCCUUUGGGGCGUUAAUGAUGAAGUUUCGGGUCGGAUUCUGGAGAAUAAGCGUGUCCAAUUUCUGUUUCCAUCUGAGGAAUCAAUGGCUGCGAUUGUUCGUCGUGGACCAUGGUCUUUCAAUGAUUGGAUGUGCGUCACUGAACGGUGGACACCAAACCAGACGAAUGAAGAUCUGAAGACCAUUCCAUUUUGGAUACAGAUCCGUGGGAUUCCUGUCAACUAUCUCACACUCCGUCUCAUUACCUUCAUUGGAGACUCCUUGGGUCACUUUUUGGAAACUGACUUUGGUGGUGACGGAGCGACAUGUGUCCUGAAGUUCCGUUAUGAGAAACUCCGAAAUUUCUGCUCUGUUUGUGGUCUCAUGACACAUGAUGUUGUUGACUGCCCCUCUGGCCACAAUCCUCCACCUCCCCCAGCGGAUGAAGACAAUGAUGACCCUGAUUACAACCCUGAAGACCUUGAUGCUAAUCAACAAGAUACGCCGGAAGAACACCCAAGGCAGUCUCCACAGACCACGACUGAGAAGGAGACAACUCCAACUGCUUCAAAGAAGAGGAAAACGGACUCAACGCCAUCCUCAGAGUUUAUGGCUUUCCCGAUGGUUUGCAGUGAUACACGCCACACUUUUGCAACAGAGGACACUCAGCAAUGCUUCUCUAAGCGUAACCGACGGCAGUCAGAAGUUCUCGAGACACGUAACUGGUUUCUGCUCCAAACGGAACCAGUGGAACAUGCUCCAGGCGCCACAGAAGGCGACACUUCGAUCAACCAUGGUGACGGUACGGUGGGCCAUAAGCCACCGGAGGCGCCAUGA